UUAGGUUGGGUAAUUGGGUGGAUGAGUUUAAAAAAAGAAAAAAUCCAUUAAAAAAUCAGAGUUUUGGGUAAAAUCGAACUCAAAUCCAAAAAAUCUGCUGUCUCACUAAUUUAAUAUUUAUAGUUUUUGUUCACAACUGUAGUAACUAAGGUGAUUCUUAUUAAUAUUUCUAAAAAAUAUAUAAAUUUUAAUAUUUUUGUUUACAAUCUUUUAUCAUAUUUUAUUUCACACACUUAGUUAUUUGGUUACUAAAUACAAGUGACAAUUAAGUGUGAUUAUUUUCCAUUCAAUUUAUAAUUGUUAUUUUUUAUGACAAUUAAAGUAUAUUUUAAUCAUUAUGAAAUAUCUAACUUUUUCAAUUUUGUAAGUGUGUUUUUAUGUUAAAUAUAUAUUUAGUAGUUAUGUAAUUUUUCUUAAAAUGACCACGUUAACAAUUAUUUAUUUCUUUUUAUUUAUUAAUUUUUGUUAUAGAAGAUAAAUUCAUUAUUACUUUAAUGACCAAUCACAUUAUUCCUUUCAAUGCAAUAAAUAAAUCUCACUCACAUUUUAUAAUGGUUUAUUUCUUAAAUAGAUAAAAAUCUCGAAAUACCAUAUAAAAUAAUAAUAAUAAUAAUAAUUUUCUGUUUUUCAAAAUUUGAUUUCCUCUUUUUACAAAUUUUAAUUUUAUAAAUAAAACUUUCCAACAAAUAAAAUAAUACAACUUUAACACUGAUUAGAGGAAUCACAAUUUUAACUAGCUUCCAUAUUUAUGUUGAGAUUCCUUUUGUAUUUAUCAUAAGUAUCCGAAACUUAGUAUUAUAUAAUAACCUUUUUGUUCCAUUAAAAUCAAAGUGUGAACCGUUAUCAUGACAAAAGAAUUCAACCAGCAAGCUGAGAUUUGUGUAAGGUUAGAAACCUUGUGGCAUGCUCUGUCCAAAGAUUUGAUAGUAACAAUUCCGAAGAUCAUACCAAACAUUGUGAAAGAUCUCAAAGUGAUUGAAGGAGGUGGAGGAGUCGGUACUGUCUUGCUUUUCACUUUCUUCUCAGGUGUAUCUCCAGUAAGUUACCAGAAGGAGAAGAUAACAGAGAUUGAUGAUUCAUCCCAUGAAAUUGGAUUACAAGUGAUUGAAGGAGGAUAUUUGAAUCAAGGUUUCUCAUACUAUAAAACAAGUUUCAAGCUAUCUGCCAUAGGAGAUGAUAAGACUUUGGUUAAUGUGAAGAUCUCAUAUGAUUAUGAGUUGGAAGUUGAGGAAACUAGUUUUCCAUUGAAAACAUUAGAAUCUGCUUUACAUUUUCUUAAAUGCUUAGAAACACAUAUUAUGAAUGAUGCUUGAGCAGUAUUAUUUUAUCUGU